AUGCAGUCCCUUGAUUGCUGUGCAGACAUAGGUAAUGGCUGUGUUUUAAUUUGUAUUUGGAUAAGUCUCCUUUCCUCAUCUGUUCCCAGCGUGGAAAUAGGCGAGAGUGUACGCGGGGAGGAUGUCUACAUUGUGCAGAGCGGCUGUGGUGAGAUCAAUGACAAUCUGAUGGAGCUCCUUAUCAUGAUAAAUGCCUGUAAGAUUGCCUCAGCCAGCAGAGUCACAGCUGUCAUACCCUGCUUCCCUUACGCUCGGCAGGACAAAAAGGACAAGAGUCGAGCUCCGAUCUCUGCCAAGCUGGUUGCAAACAUGCUGUCUGUGGCAGGUGCAGAUCAUAUAAUCACCAUGGACCUGCACGCAUCUCAGAUUCAGGGUUUUUUUGAUAUCCCUGUUGAUAACUUGUAUGCUGAGCCUGCUGUACUGAAAUGGAUCAAAGAGAAUAUUGCAGAGUGGAAGAAUUGCACCAUUGUUUCACCAGAUGCUGGUGGAGCCAAGAGAGUGACCUCCAUUGCAGAUCGAUUGAAUGUUGACUUCGCUCUCAUUCACAAGGAGCGCAAGAAGGCCAAUGAAGUGGAUCGCAUGGUGCUGGUGGGUGAUGUGAAAGACAGAGUGGCCAUUCUGGUAGAUGAUAUGGCAGACACAUGUGGUACCAUCUGUCAUGCUGCGGACAAGCUUGUGUCAGCUGGAGCCACCAAAGUUUAUGCCAUCUUAACUCAUGGGAUCUUUUCUGGACCAGCAAUUUCUCGGAUCAACAAUGCCUGUUUUGAGGCAGUUGUAGUAACAAAUACAAUACCGCAGGAGGACAAGAUGAAGCAGUGCCCUAAAAUCCAGGUGAUUGACAUCUCAAUGAUCCUUGCAGAGGCCAUCAGGAGGACUCAUAAUGGGGAAUCUGUCUCCUACCUAUUCAGCCAUGUCCCUUUAUAACAACAGAUGCCAGCUGCUGCUUGUGUGGCUUUUUUUUAAAACCAAAAGUUGUUCAGCUUGUUGUAAAGUUCAGUAGAAGACUCUGCUUGUUCCAGUGCAGUUCUCCACAGCUCCUCCUGCUUAAGUCAGGCUUACUGGCUCUGAUCCCAACACGGGGAGGCUGGCGGGGGAAGCUCGUCUUUGUAACACUCCAACUCCACCAGCAGCCCUGUGCAUUGUGGCUUAUCAGUAGUAUUGACUCAAUUCUGCAGAUCUGUGGAGAGCGGGACUGACACAUGGCUAAUUGCCACAAUUAUUUUUGGGGGUGGGAGGG